UUGUGAUUGUGUGUGGAAGUGAAGUGGAGGGUACUCGUACUGCGUACUCAGCAGUGUACCUUUGCUUUUUGCUUUGUAUUUCAAUUAAAUUGAAUUCAUGCCAUAUUUGUAUUGUAUUUUUUAAAUAUUUAUAAUUUCAUUUAACUAAAAAACCGAACCAGCGAUCCACAAACUAGGCGAUCUAAACAAUGACCAUGGACGAUGGAACUCCAGUAACCACCGUCAUAUUGCCAGUCCUAAUACGUCACAUCCUGUCUCAAUUAGAAAAACAUGAUAUGGCAGCUUCACAAACACUCAGAGCGGCUUUUGCUAAAGCUGAGAGUGCCCAUCCAGGAUUGUCUUUGGAUUUUGUUAUGGGAUUGCUGAAGCAAUCUGAUCUCAGUGUUAAUAUGAACGAAAGUAUUUUGAGGCUUCAAGGUGCAGUGGCUGAUACUGACGAGUACAAACUAAAUAGAUCCGAAGAUGCGUUUCAAGAAUUAAACAGGAAAAGUGCUGCUUUGAAGAAGAUUCUAAGCAGAAUUCCAGAUGAAAUUUCCGAUAGAAAAAAGUUUUUGGAAACUAUUAAAGAAAUUGCGAGUGCAAUAAAAAAAUUACUCGAUGCAGUCAAUGAAGUGAACGGCUUCAUCCCUGGCACUAUGGGCAAACAAGCUUUGGAACAGAAAAAGCGGGAAUUUGUCAAAUAUUCCAAAAAAUUCAGCAACACCCUGAAAGAUUACUUUAAAGAAGGCCAAGCCAAUUCAGUAUUUGUCAGCGCAUUGUUUUUGAUUCAUCAAACAAAUAUGAUUAUUGCUACUGUUAAAAGCAAAUGUGAAUAAAUUAUUAGUGGAAUUUCGUUUACUGUUUAGUACAACUUUUGUUAAUUUAGUCACAUGCUCUGGUAAUUGAUUUCGGGUUUAGUUUUAUACCACAUUUAUGUGAACAUCUUAGUCUACGUAAAUCAUCAUAAGGCGAAUUUUUGUAAAAUUGUUUCAUUUGUAACAAAAAAUACCUAAUAGAGACCUAGUCCAAAAUUUAAAACAGUUGUGGUAGUGAUUUGUCUUAGAAGAGUGACUUGAUUCCAACCAUUCUUUCAACUAAAAUGUCUUUUGUCUUGUUUGAAUGGUCUUUCUAGUAUGUAUUUUGCAAGAUACAUUAUUUACCUGCCAAGUAGAAAAUAUUUAUUGCAUUAUUACAAUAAUUAACAAAACUUAUAAUGGACGUUUUUCAAGUUACCAAGAAAAAAUGAACGAACUAGACAGACAACUUGCUGAAUUAGCCCUUAUCAAUAAAUCAGAACUACUCCCCAAUCCAAAUUUGACUCCCGGGAAAAAAGUCGGUCCCGCUGUACCGCCCAAACCCAAAAAACAACAACCUCUGGUGCCACAGUCGUACCCUCUAAAACAUUCAGUGGAACCCAGUUAUUCUUCCAGAAUACACCCUAAUCAGUUUUACUCGAAUUUGCCUAAUCCUAAACAACAAGCACUGUACUCCAAUACCCCACCCCAUCCAAAAUAUGAUGGUAUUUCUGAUAAUAACUACGCUAAUGUUCCUAGAGGCACACCGAGCGAACAAUAUUCUAGAAGUGCUUCUGCUCUGAGUAAUAACUCGUUACCAAGAAGUACUGCUAGUUAUGGCAGUGGAUAUGCAACGAAAAACACUAGUUCUGCAUCAACCAUUGGUGGUUCUACUCCGAAACCGUAUCAACAAAAAUCAGACGUUACCUAUAGCAAUAUUCAAAUGGGUCCGUCCAGGGGCAACGACGGGAUGAUUUACACCAACUUAUCACAUGCGCCACGAGGUGGGGCUGUUUAUAGUAACUUACCCCAAAACAGGGGACCUUAUCCUAAUGGAGAUGAUCUUCCACCUCCGCCGCCUCCUUUAGACAUGUCAUCCGGCCUAGCAGACUACGCGCCGUGUACGGUAAACACAAAUCUUCCUCCACCACCUGAAGAUCUUCUACCUCCACCUUCACCUGUGAGCUCCAGCUACAGCGAAUUACGCAGAGCCACUCAACCAGGCCAGGAUUUCCAUAAUUAUAGCAUGGGAUCGCAAGCGUCGUCCACGUACGAAUCGAUUUACGAGCCUAUAAAUCCGAGACCGCCAAGUCAAAUGUCGUCGAGAUCAAACUAUUCUUUGUACGCUCCAUAUAGUGGCGCGAGUAGCACUAUGACGGGACCCAGUCAAUCUGUAAGCAGAAUUGGUCAUAAUAAGGAGCUGGAAGUUGAUAGUUUGACAGAUAUGUUGGUUCAGGGGAUGGGACAUGCUCCGUCUGAUAUUAUUGAUCAGGAAGAUGUUUAUGGAGUUUGUGUUCAAUGUGGUGAUAAGAUCAUAGGAGAAAAUAGUGGUUGUACGGCUAUGGACAAACUGUAUCACAUUAAAUGUUUUACUUGUCAUCAUUGCGCUAUUAAUUUGCAAGGGAAGCCGUUUUAUGCCCUUGACGGACGCCCUUACUGCGAGGAAGACUAUUUGAACACUUUAGAAAAAUGUUGCGUCUGUCAAAAACCAAUUUUGGACAGAAUUCUCAGAGCUACAGGCAAACCCUAUCAUCCAGGAUGUUUUUGUUGCGUUGUUUGCGGUAAAAGUUUGGAUGGUAUUCCCUUCACUGUGGAUGCUACUAAUCGCGUCCAUUGUAUUGAGGACUUCCACAAGAUGUUUGCCCCGAGAUGUUGGGUUUGUAAGCAACCGAUCAUGCCUGAGGCGGGCGAAGAGGAAACUGUUCGCGUUGUUGCCCUGGAUCAUAGUUUUCAUAUUCAGUGUUACAAAUGCGAGGAUUGUGGUUUGGUUUUGUCUUCAGAAGCUGAGGGAAGAGGUUGCUAUCCAUUGGACGGGCAUGUUUUGUGUAAAAGUUGCAACGCUAAGAGGGUUCAGGCUCUUACAAAUCAAAUGACAACUGAACUGUGAAAAAUUUCUUUCACAUAAAUAAUAAGCUGAAUGGUCAGUAAGGAUUUCAGAAAAAUUAAUAUUUAUACCUAACUAGAGUAUAAUUAUUAGGUACGGCAUUCCAUUUUAUUUUGUUAGACAUUUUCUAAUUAUUGUAUAAUAGCAUUUAUUAAACAGUAUUUAGUAAGUUUUAAAAUAUUUAUAAAAUAAGUAUAGUGUGUUCCAUUAUAAUUAUUGUGAUUUGUUGAUGUAAAACAGAUUCAAAUUUUAUCGUAUAUUUUAGUGAGAAGAUUUUAUUAACUGCUAAUUUCUAUUUUUAUGAAAAUAAUUUCAACUUUUUUUCAUAAUUGAAUAUGAAUAAGUAUGUACAUAUUUAUAGAUUUAUGUUUUACUCAGUCUAAUUUUUACAGUUUCUAUAAUAUUUGACAUGCUUUUAUUCAUAUGAAGCUAGUAUUUUGUGAUUAUUGUAAUAAUAAUUGUGCCAAUAAAUUUGUAUGAUUUUAAAUAGAAAUAGUGUACUUCAAAAUGUAGUUCUAAUUACUAUUCUAUAGUUACCACUUGAUAAAACUCCGCUCUCGUUUUAUUAAAGGACUAUUCCUUUUCAAUUCCCAUUGGUCCCUUAUUUAUAUUUUUGAACCCAAACUGUAUAGGUAUCUACAUAAGCAUGAAAAUAUUGGUUUACUUUCUGUGUCCCAGGUCCCCAAGGGUUAUUUUCGUGGUUAUUCAGAUUCAUACUUUUUGAUUGGUAGGUAGGUAGGACAGCGCUUCACCUGCUCUAAGAUAGAAACAAAAUAUUUUGUGUCUACCAAUUUUUUUUCAAUUCCUCUUGAAUUUGUUGAAAUAAAGAAAAUUGAGGAGCCUUGUGAAGAAAAAAUAUUAUUAUUCAAAGCAAUAGGAAGCGGUUGAAAACCGUUGUUAUUAUUGCUUUAUUAUCUUUUUAUUAGAGUUCUUUCACUUGCAAAUUUCCCAGGUAGUCAGUCAACGUUCACAUAUAGUCUACAAUUUGAGUAUGGACUGCAUUUAAUUUGCUAUCCAGCCUGUUCUAAAGAGUACGGCGUUGAUGCCAAUACUGUAUUCUCCUAAAACCCAUUCCAUUUAUACACGACUCUAUUAGUUAUAAAGUUCUUCCUUGAUAAAAGUGAACAUUUUUUUUUCGAGUUUUUUCCUAUGGCCUCUAAGUUGUUGUUAAAGAUGUUGAUGAUCUGUGGAAUUGGAAACCUCAGAAAACAAUAGAGUCUGAAACUUAUACGAUUGAUUUUUUUAAAUGUGUAUUUUCUUACAGUACAAAAAUUUGCUGAGUACACUUAAAUGUCUUCAGAAAUCCAAUACAAAUAGGUAAAAAUAAAUCCAAAUAGAUAAUCUUAUCAAAGUUGUAUUAAUAAAUUAAAAGCAUAAAUAUACAGGAAAUUUAAAAAAUAUAAAUACUAGGUCAUCGAAGAUUGAUUUGUUUCCAAUAAGAACCAGACAAUUGUUGCAAAUAGUUGAGAUUAAUUGAUUUUGGAUUGUCAAAGAUGGCAUGAAUUACCAAACAAAUUAAUUGAAACAAAAUAAUAAAAUUGUAAUUAUUAUAAUUUUUUUUUUAUCACAAUACAAAUAUUAAAAUUACCUACAAGAAGAUUAUUGUAUUAUUUCAUAAAACUUUCCUCUAAGAUGAUACCCAAAUAAAUUAAAAGUAUCAAGGAUGUGUUAAUAAGUAUAUAAAUUUUGUUAAAUGCAAUUUAUUUAAAUAAUUUUAUCGAUUUUUUGAUAUGGACAUUUAGAUUUUGUAAACAUAAAUAAAUAAUUUAUUUAAUUCUCCAUUGAUCUGAAUUCUGUACUUUUUUUAUUAGAUUUUGAUACUAUUUUCUUAUAUAAUAGAAUUUUUAAAUGUCUCUUUGUGGCCAAACAAAUAUGUACUUUAAUAAUUACCAAUGGACGCACGUAAAAAAACUAAUUGAAUAACAAAUUUAUGACUACCUAUAAGCAAUUUCAGUCUCAAAAUUAAAUAGAAAAUUAUUCUAAAAAAAUUGCUUACACGGAGUCUGUUCCAACACUUCCAACAUCAACAAAGCAACUGCAGUGAGAGUUGGAACAAACCUAUAAUGAAUUUGAAUACAAAAAAACCUGUCUUUGAAACUUCAAUAAUGAGGAAAUUAUUCCUAACAAUUCGCUGGUGGAUCUUCCCUAACAGGCAAAUUAAACAAUACAUGAGAUUUAGAUUUCAUAAAGUAAACUAUGAUAAAUGAAAAUAUCAUAACUAUCGAUCCUAAUGUUAUAGUAACUUUUUGGUGAGCAGAGGAUGGUGUCAGGAACAUGCGCAUUCCCAUAUCGUUCCAGGUUGAUUCGGACCAGGAACUGUAUUUAUUUGAAGACCAAUCAUAA